AUGACCUCUCGUGAUGCUUCAAAUCGUCUUCAAUUUCUUUGGAAUGCAUCACAUACAUUGCUAUCAACUGUUCCUAGUCUUUCGGCUUUUUACAUGCAACAAUUUAACCAAUUUGCCGGUGAAAAGGAAUUGAAUCUUGCCGAAGCUGUUAAACGAAAAUAUUGUAGCUAUUGUGGCAGUAUUUUCCUUCCAGGUUUAAACAGCCAGAUUAGAAUUGAAAAAAAUAAAAGGAGAGAAAAAAGAAGAAAAUUAGUAGUUGACAAUGUUAAUAAUACUAAUGAUGGCAAUAAAAAAGUGAUUUCGGAUCACGAUUUAGUCGUACAACUUGAAGAAUCAAAUGUAUUCAAACAAAUUAUGAAUGAAAAAAGUCCUCGAGGAAAAAGACAAAUAAUUCACAUUAAUCCAAGAUCAAUUUCAUUAUCAAAUAAUCAAAAACAAACACAUGUUAGACGUCAACAAUAUAAGAACCAUAUAUCUUAUAUUUGUAAUUCUUGUAAUCGCGAAACAAGAUUCGCUGGAAGUACCAAGAAAGUUAUUAAACAGAUUUCAAGUCCUAGCGAUGAUAAACAACGAAAAGAGGAACAUCCCUUUAAUGUCACCACACCGAUUAUUCCCCAAUUACUGGCCAAGGAAAAAAGGAAAGGCUCUGGAAAAGAUGAUUUUAACGAUUCUUCGGAUGGGUUGAACUUGUCAAAUUUUUUGUCCGCACUAUAA